AUGAACACUUUAAUCCAUUCUGCAAACCGUUACCUUUAUAGGGUACCCUACCCUUUACUCCUUCGGGUUCCAACCAACAACACCAACCUUCCAAGGUUCAUUUCAACCCUUAAACGCUCACCUUAUCCCAUUGCAUGUGCCACUUCCAAUGAAGAAUUUGCAGAAGAGGUUAAAGUGCUUGAAAACAACACCAAUGAAGGAACCACUUCAAGCACUUUUUCUACUCCAAUUGACAAAGAGCUUAAAAGGGUUGCUCAGAAAACAGCUGCAACCUUUGCACCAAGGGCUUCUACGGCCUCGAAAAACCCUGCAGUUCCUGGAACUACCUUGUAUACUGUUUUUGAGGUUCAAGCUUAUGUAUCAAUGUUGUUAGGUGGAGCUUUGUCUUUUAAUCUCAUUUUCCCUUCAGACCAACCUGAUAUUUGGAGAUUGAUGGGAAUGUGGUCCAUUUGGAUGUUCACAAUUCCUUCGUUACGAGCUCGAGAUUGCUCAAAGAAUGAGAAAGAAGCUCUCAACUAUCUUUUUCUCCUAGUCCCAUUGCUCAAUGUUGGAAUCCCAUUCUUUUGGAAAUCCUUUCCUGUUGUUUGGUCGGCAGAUAUAAUAGCAUUCUUUGGAAUGUAUGCAUGGAAGCUCGGAUGGCUCCAGAAAACGGACUAG